AAAAAAAAAAAAAAAGGAAAAAAGGAAAAAACAACUAAAGCUAGCUACAAUAAGCGUAACAAUGGAAAUCCCCCUCUCGAAAGAGUUGAAAAAUUGAGAAAGCAAAAGGAAAUGGCCCAUUAGACACUUCCUCAAAAAAAUUACACAGCGUCUACGUCGGGUCUGUUCCUAGGGUUUCUCCUCUGUCCCCUGAUCUAUCUCUUGCUCUCUAUGUGGCUCUCAUAAACCCUAGAGAACUGCAACUACUCUUGGAGGAGUGUGGAGAUUGACACAAAUUGGAAGUUAGGUUCUGAAGAGAACUGCGUUAGUUGAGGAGCUUUUUGUUCAAUUUGAACUGGUGACGAUACAAGCUGAAAUGCCGGAGGAGGACCUGGUAGAGCUUAAGUUCAGAUUGUAUGAUGGAUCGGAUAUUGGUCCUUUCAGGUAUUCGCCGGCCUCCACUGUGGCUAUGCUCAAGGAGAGAAUCGUGACUGAGUGGCCUAAAGAUAAGAAAAUUGCACCCAAGGCAGCAAAUGACAUCAAACUGAUAAAUGCCGGGAAAAUUUUGGAAAACAACAAAACUGUUGGCCAGUGUAGAGUUCCCUUUGGGGAGCUUCCAAAAGGGGUUAUCACCAUGCAUGUUGUAGUGCAACCAUCUUUAGCAAAAGCAAAAACAGAGAAAAAAGUGGAUGAGCCCCCAAGGAAAAAUCUCUGUUCAUGUUCUAUAAUGUAAAGAGAACAGGGCGUUAAUUCACAUUAAAGCUCGGGAGGUUGGCUUGAACUUGCUAGGAUCUCAUGGCCAUGGAAAUUGGUUGCUGGAAAGACAAUAAUUUGUAAAAUGGUGCCAUCCCUCAGUGCCGCACCUUAGUUUUGAGGGCAUUCCUGUAUAACAAAUGUGGUGGUGAUGAUGUAUUUGCGUUUAUAUAAAUGCGUGUCUCUGUAUUCCUACAGCACUUGCAGACUGCAACCUUUGUUAUAAUUUAUUUUAUACAAGGCCUUUGGUUUGACACUUCA